AUGAAUUGGUUUAGUUGUGUAGUGAGGGCUGAAUCCGACAAAAUAUAUGGCGUUCAAGAAGAAUACGUUAACGACAAAAGAGAUAAUAAAAUAAAUUUAAGUAUUGGUGUCUUUAGGGAUCAAAAUGGACAGUCAUUUGUUCCGCAAAGUGUUAUCAAUUGCGAGCAAAUGUUAUUCACAAAGAAUUGCAGCAAAGAAUAUGCACCGAUUGAGGGCUUCAAAGACUUUCGCCAAAGUGUCGCCAAAUUUAUUUAUGGCGAAGACUCAGAUGUUAUCAUUAAUGAAAGACACGCCACAGUUCAAGGACUCGGAGGAACCGGAUCUUUGAGAAUCGGAGCCAUAUUUCUCUAUGAGUUGGUGUCAGUCAAUAAAACUGUUUACAUACCGUACCAGACAUGGAGUCCACACAAUCAGGUAUUCUCUAACUCAGGCUUUCAAAUAAAACAUUACAGAUAUUGGAAUCAAAGAACUUUGAACCUCGACUUUGAGGGUCUAAUCAAUGACUUUGAAAACAUGAUUGACUACUCUGUAGUAGUUUUGCACUCAAUAGCCCACAACCCGACAGGUAUUGACCCAACACUAGACCAGUGGAACCAAAUUAUUGAUGUCAUCCAAAGGAAAAAGUUAUUCCCAUUUUUAGACUGCGCUUAUCAGGGAUUUGCUUCGGGAGAUUUGCAAAGGGAUGGAGUCGUUAACACUUUAUUUGCUAAACGGGUUAAUCAAAUGGCAAUUGCGAUGACAUUUGCUAAGAAUAUGGGACUCUAUGGCGACAGAAUCGGUGCCUUAAGUAUUGUCUGUCAGACCAAACAAGAGGCACAUAAUGUGUUGACUCAACUCAAGGCAAUCAUUCGUCCCAUUUAUUCACAUCCACCCAAUUGGGGCGCUCUUGUCGUCCAUCAUCUACUUAGUGAUCAUCAUUUGAGGAGCCAAUGGUUUAUUGAUGUCAACAAUAUGUAUACAAGAAUUCAAGAUAUAAGGAAUCAAUUGAUUAAUGAAUUGAAUCGAUUGUCUGAUGGGAAGACUAACUGGGAUUUUAUGGCAAAUCAAAGAGGAAUGUAUGGUUUCACUGGCUUUUCUCAAACACAAGUUUUUCAACUCAAACAACAGUUUGCUAUUUAUGCCACACUUGACGGUCGUAUUAAUAUUGCAGUAAUCAAUCAAAACAAUAUUAAACACAUUGCAUAUGCUAUGCAUUGCAUUAAAUUACAAAUUAUGUAAUUUGAAUACCUUUUACUU